AUGACCGCAGAACUGAAAGAUCCAAAGGAAAGAAGCUUUCACACCGACGCUUCCUCUAAAUACCUUCUUCCUAACGAUUCUCCUGAACAUGCCCGACUCGAGGCUCAGCACAGAGCUCUCACCGUCAUACUUGAAAGAAGACCCUCCCGGGCUCCAGUCUCGAAUCCCGCCGAGAUUCUGGACGUGGGUUGUGGAACAGGCUGCAUGACGACCUGGCUGGCCGAUUCCUUCCCAGCCGCCACCGUGACAGGCCUUGAUCUCUCUCUCGUACCAAAACUUCGCGAGCAGCCGGCCAAUGCGCGAUUCUUGAAGGGUAACGUUCUGCAGCAAAGCCCUAGGGACUGGAUCUCGGAAGACGGUGRUCGACCCUUGUUGGAUGAGAGACAAGCAUUCGACUUGAUCUUUAGUCGUCUCCUGAUAGCUGGCAUUGGUAAUUGGGAGGAGUACAUCGUCAAGCUAUUCUCUUUGCUCAAACCAGGAGGAUGGGUUGAAUGCCAAGAGCUCAAUAUGGUCAUGCACGACUCUGAAGACCGGGUCUUAGAUGUCUGGCAGAAUUUGAUGACCGAUUGGGGUUCGAACCAAAUUCAUACAAAGUGCGGAGAGCAGAUCAAAGGGUUGAUGGAGAAAGCAGGCUUUGAAAAGGUCGGGAGGGAGGUUUUCAAGCUACCCAUUGGGUCUAAAGGCCAGCCUACGCAAGAGCUGCGGGAGAUGGGGGAUUGGUUCUUAAAGGACACGCUUGAGGUCGCCCAGGUUGCUGCGAAACGUAGUGCAGUAGGUCUUGAGCCGGAAGCAGUGGAGGCACUGUUGCAAAAGACCAGAUCAGCAUUUGCCGAAGCCAAUGGGUGGCACAUGAAGUUUUAUGUUAGUUUUGGCAGAAAGCCGGAGUAG